ACGAAUUCAAAAAAAAAAAGAAAGAAGAAAAAAAAUAUAAUCCUGACGCAGAUCAACCGACUGAUCAAAUACUGAGCGCUUCGGACGAUGGUUGUGGUUUGAGAAACAGGCAACCAGCUGCGACGUGGCCCAAGCGACGACGACGACGACCACGACGACGACGAUACGGAGGAGGUGGAGGAGAGUGUAUACUCCAGCAGAACGCCGGGCAGCGAUUGUUCACGGGAAGCACGACACCGUCAUGACGACCAUGGACGAUCCGUUCGUCGCCAAUCUGGAGGAGCGGGCGCCGACGGCGGCGCCUCGCUCGCCGCACCGGUUCUCGUCCUUUGACACCCAGCUGUUCACUCUCGACUUGUCAUCCCCCGCCCAGGCCAAACGGGCUCUCGAGGCCCAUCUGGCCGAGACCGAGCGCCGACUGGAAGAGGCGUCGAAGCUGGGUACCGCGCUGAUCGAGCAGCAGAGGGAGCUUACCGACAAGCUCAAGGAGGUCGAGCACCAGCAGGAUGAAGGACAGGUCGGCCCGGAGCUCCGGCGCAAGCUCAUGGAUCUGGAACGCGAGUACAAUGAGAUCGGCCGGGAGACCGCGCGCGCGUUCCUCGCGCCCAAGCGCAUGGUGGGCGGCUUCCUCGACGAAGGCAACCCGGGGACUCCCUCCUUCGACCAGAAGUCUCCGCUCAGUCCCGCCUUGUUCACCAGCCAAGCCACCAAUUCCCCCAGCAAGGUCAGCGUUCCAUCCCGCAAGCAGCGCAACCAACCCUCCAGCCGUGUCCAUGACAUCGAGUUCGCCACCGAGAUUUCCACCUCCCUCCUGGCCCAGGUCCGUCAAUUGCAGGCCCUGCUGGCCGAGCGAGAGGAGUCGCUCAAGACCACCAACUUGGAGAAAUCACGCUUGGAGCUCGAGGCCGAAGGGUACGCCCAGCGCAUCCGCGCGCUGGACGAGAGUGAACAGCGGUACAAGGACGAAAAUUGGGGGCUCGAGACUCAGACCCACGAGCUGAUGGCCGCCGUCAAAGACGCCACCGAUCGCGAGACGCGUAUCAACAGUAGCCUAGUCUCCAUCACGGCCGAGAAGGGUGCCAUCGAGCGCGAGCUCGAGGAACUGAAACAGGUCAACGCCAAGCUUCUCGAGGAGCAGACCGUCACCCAGAAAGCGAACGAUGCCGAGAUCCACCUGCUGCGCCGCAACCUGACCGCCGGUGAUUCGGAGAAGUCUGCCCUCCAGCAGAAACUCCUCGACCUGACCUCGCAGAACCAAGAACUCGCCAAGGCCCUCGCGGUCCAGCUGCGCCAAUCCCAGGCCCAGGCGGCCCGCGAUCUCUCGCCCGAUCUUGACGACGAGAUUCCCGAUCAAGAGACCCCGGAGAACUCGCCGCCCCCGUCUCCGAACAAGCCGACCCCGCGUCACAACCAGCUCGAGACCGAGACACUGCGCAGCUCGCUCGGUCACGCUCACCGUAUGAUCCAGAACCUGCGCAGCACCAUCCACCGCGAGAAGACAGAGAAGAUCGAGCUGAAGCGCAUGCUGCAGGAAGCCCGGGACGACAUCGAGACCCGCCGCCGCGAGAGCACGGGGGCCGCCCAGUCGACCAACAAGCGCCAGAAGACCAAGCCGGAUCCCUUCAAGAAACCGCCCCGCCCUGAUCUCCUGGGCGCCGGCCGCAGAGGCCGCACGACGGAGAUCGAGGAGAUCAACGAGUUCCACGACACUGACUGGGAAGACAACCUCGGCGACAUCAGCCCCACCAACACGAUCAAGGUCAAGCGUUCCCGCCUCCCUGUAGGCGGCGAGCAGUCGGAUAACCCCAGCGACGUCUACCAGACCGCGACCGAGGCCGAGGACGCCUUCGAGACGGCCAACGAACGGGAGACCGCGACGGAAAGCGAGGCCUUCCAGACCGGCAUCGAGAGCAUGGCAGACGACAGUGACACCGACGAGCUCACGGAGACGGAGGAUAAUAAUAAUGACGUUCCACGCACCCCUCGUCAACGAAUGCCAUCCGGUCUCUCGUUUGCCAAGGCUCGAGACCGCAGCUCUUUCCAGAGUACAGCGUCGACCUCGGCAGACGAAGAUGACGAUGACGAUGCCUUUUUCCCAUCGCCCGGUUCUCAGAUGUCUCGGCAUCGCCUGAGGGUCAAGCGCAGCUUCCCACGCCGCAUCCGUCCCUCGGGUGAGGCUCCCAUGGCCUCGAACAGCCAACCAUCCAGUGCCCGAGACUCGCCUGCCACCAGCUUCAUGCAAGAAGAAGAUGUGGCCGAGCUGCCCGAGGGACAGAGUCUUUUCGCCGAACUCGCCGAACUCGACGGCGAUGACGGCGAUGACUUUGGUCCUUCGCAGUCAUCUACCCCGCGUCUGCGCGCCGCUCUGGACUCCAGGCGUCCCUCAGAGGCCAUGCUUGAUGAUUUGCCUCCGCCCAGACCCGUCAUGGUUGACUCGGGCGUCAUGACCGAACCCUGGGUCGCCCCCAUGAUGGCCCCGGUCACAACAUUCUAUGCGGACGCAGAAGAAAGGGAGGCGGGACCCGUUGACUCGGUUCCCUCUACCCCCAAGACCGCCGUUACCCAGGAGGAGGAGGAGGAGGAGGAGGAGGAGGAGGAGAAGGAGGAGCAGCCACAGACCCCUCGUGUCCGAAGCACACCCAAGCUGGUCAGCUCUGGGACGCAGUGGACACCGCUUCGCUCACCCCAAGGCGCCAACGAAGAUCACUUCUCCAGUGUUCCUACGCCGCCCAAGAUGCUCUGGGACGAGCAUGCCCCGACAGAGGAACGGGAGCUGUCAACGACGACGCCGGAGGACAAUUCGGAACCCCCGUGCUUGCCGCAGUUGGAUCUGUCCAUCAUUACCCAAGAAACCCUCCCGGUGCCACCCACUCGCCCGGAUCUCAGCAUAUCCUACCUUCUUGGCGGUGCAACGGAACCUGUGGAACACCAACUGCCACCACCCGUACUGCCGGAACUCUCAGUGUCGUCCAUUCACGCACAAGACACACAGCCCGUGGUACCGCAGCUCCCGGAACCCGAGCCUCUUCGCUUCCCAACGCUGGAUCUUUCCUCUGUUCUUCCGCAGUAUACGGUGCCUGUCAUUGCCAGACUACCGGAACCUGAGCCUGUUGUCUUCCCUCAACUCGCUCUGUCAUCCUUGUUCUCACAAGCCACGGCACCUGUGAUUGCCAGACUGCCGGAACCUGAGCCUGUUGUCUUCCCUCAAAUCUCGCUGUCAUCCUUGUACUCACAAGCCACGGCACCUGUGAUUGCCAGACUGCCAGAGCCGGAGCCUGUUGUCAUCCCUCAACUCGCUCUGUCAUCCUUGUUCUCACAGGCUACAGCGCCGGUCUCGAUACCUCCACCGCUGGAGCCCCAGCCAGCCCCUCUGCCCCAGCUGGCCUUCUCUUCCGUGUACUCUCAAUACACGGAGCCUGUGGCGGCGGAAAUCAUUAGACUGGAACGCGAUCUCCCUGUUCCAAUCCCUAUCCCCGUUGAAAAAGAGAAGGAAUUGCCAGAGCUUGGAGUCUCGUCAAUUCAGUCGCAGCACACCGCUCCGGUGGAGGCCAGGCUACCCGAACCGAUACCCAGCCCGCCGUUAACCUUGUCCAUGAUCCCCGCCCAGUUCACUGAGCCGGUGGUCCACCGGCUACCUGAAGCACCUGAGCUAUCGGUGUCCAACAUCCGCUCUGUCGAGACAAGCCCAGUUCUGCCAGCCUCAGUCCCUGAACCUAUCUCGCCCGAGCUGUCAGUAUCCAGCAUUCGGUCCAUUGAGACUAGUCCCGUGGAGCCUGUGUCUAUGCCUGAGCCGAUCCUACCCGAGCUCUCGGUCUCCAGCAUUUCCUCCGUCGAGACCAGUCCCAUUCAGGCCAUUGUUGUUGUUCCGGAGGUACCUGAGCCGAUUGUGCCAGAACUGUCGUUCUCCCACAUCCGCUCCGUCGAGACCUCGCCGGUUCAGCCUGUUUCGGCACCCUUGCCUGUAUUGGCCCCGGCUUUCAUUCCGGCUUCUGAGCAGUGGGCGGUAAGACCUCGUACAGCUGUGCAGGACAAGCAUACUGCUGCUGCUGCUGUGCCUAUCAUAGUUGCUGAAGAUAGCGAUGCCGAGAACACCACCCGUGAUGUCAAGGAAGAAGAAGAAGAAGAAGAAGACACCGAUGCUGGCUUGCCACUCGGGGCCAUCUCGGGCAACACGACAGCCCGCCAUGGACGGCAACCGUCAUCUUCCGGGGUGAAACAGCACGCUGACCAGGGCGCGCAGACGAUCUUGUCGGCACAACAAAUCGACCAGAUCUUGAUGGAUCGCGUCAGCAGCCCGCGUCCCUUGUCUCCACCGGAUAGCGACCAGGCCCGCGAUCCCAACCCAUCUCCGUUUGCCACACCCAAGGCCAAACCACGAGCAGCUGCUGUGCCUCAAUUCCAGUCCGCGAGCGUCGCGACUGUCCAGCAGCAGCUCACUCCCAAGCGGCCCAGUAGCGCUGCCAGCCAAGCGUCCAGUUCCUACAAUCACCCGCCCCUUCCUGCCGACCAUCGCGAGAUCAUCAUGGCUGCCGAGAAGCGAUCAAUGGAGCAGUAUCCACAGGCACAGCCGCCGAGCUUUAUGGGUCCCCCCGUCGCACCGGCUUCGGCGUACAGGACGACGAAUAAUGGUCCUCCUCCACGACCGUUGACCCCCAGCGAGCAGGCAGCAACAGCAUCAGCAGCAGCAGCAGUCCCCACGAUUGCUUCACAGGGUGCCUCCACUCGAACAACGUCGUCACGGGCAAAGAUGCGACGUGAAAGCCAGAGCCAGCUGUCGCGCAAGUCAUCCAUCUCUUCCUUUGCAUCCGAACUGGACGAGCGCUUCAACCCGAGCCUGAACCUGGGACCACAUACCAAUGGCUACGGGGCGGGAACCGACCCGCGGAUGAUCCAAGCCAUCACGCAAACGAUGAUUGGCGAGUUCCUGUGGAAGUACACGCGCAAGGUGUCGGGCGACAUCUCCAAUACCCGGCACCGGCGGUACUUCUGGGUCCAUCCGUACACGCGAACCCUGUACUGGAGCGAACAGGACCCGCAGACCGCGGGCAAGACCCAGCUCCGAACCAAGAGCGUGCCCAUCGAGGCCGUCCGGGUCGUGGCAGACGACAACCCGUACCCUCCGGGCCUGCAUUGCAAGAGCCUGGAGGUGGUCAGUCCCGGUCGGCGGGUGCGGUUCACCGCGACGACAAGCCAGCGCCACGAGACCUGGUUCAACGCCCUGUCGUACCUGCUGCUGCGCAACUCGGAGAAUGACGAGGAGGUAGCUGCCGACAACCACAUCGACGAGUUCAACCCGGGGUUCCGGUCGAGUUCGCGUAACACGGCGCGCAUGUCCUUCUCGUCGUACAACAGCCGGGGCACCCGCACCGUACCCAAACAGCGAGCGGGAUCCGCCAUGUCGAGCCGAGCACCCGUCACUCCCGGGCGGGUCUCGCCCGCGCUCAGCGCGCCGCAGAACAGCCUGCAAGUGCCGGACUCGGCCUCGUCACGACAAGGGUCGGCGACGCGCAUCAGCUCCAUCUUCAACAGCACCAUUCGCGGGUCGUUUGCCAGCCUCAAGGGGGCGGCGGCCCGGCAGCAGGGCGCGACGGCGACGACGAUGAUGAUGGAGGAGGGGGACAGCGCCUUUGACGAGAAUGACAGCGUGGAGGAUCUGCGACACACGCCGGGGCGACAUCAUGACCACGACCCUGACCGGCUCGAGAACGUGCGCGCCUGCUGCGACGGCAGACACGAUGUUGGCUCGCUCUCGCGUGUCAGUCGGUAUAGUCCCCGGGUGAACCGGAUCCAGCAUCACCAUUAAUAAGCCAGCCUUUCUUUGUUUUUUUCAAUCCGUUGCAUUACUUGCCUGUCCCCCACUCACAUUGCGAACACUGCAUACUGCAUUACCUACCUUAUCUAUUUGACCUCUUUCCUAUGUUUUUGAACAAUCCAACCCCGAUGUCCGUGUCGCACCCGACACUCCAAUCAUUCCGGUCCUUUUCUUCUUCUUCUUCUUCUUCUUCUUUUUUUCUUGUCUUGUCCAAUUCCUU